AUGAAUCUGAAUUCUAAUGAUGAGCAAAUUCAGAAUGUUAAUGAACCUGUACGUCCAAGAUUACCUUCGAUUCAACAAUUGACCAAUGGGCAUAUAUUUCAUCAAGGUGGAAAUCCUUCUCAUCCCACAGAUAUUAUAAUACCAGCAGUGAAAAGUCCUAUUGGAGGAGCACAACUGUCGGCAAUCCACAUGCCAGAAGUACAGGACUUGCAACAACAGCAAAGACUUCAAAAUGUCAAUGAACAAUUACAGGCUACUCCCUCUGUCAAGCAAAGAUUAGUCAAGAGAUAUUUUUGUAAAAUUUGUGCUCAAGGGUUUACACGGAAACAUAAUAUGGUCAGUCAUGAAUUGAUUCAUUCUUCGUUAAAGCCUCAUAUAUGUCAAGUGUGUAAUUUACGAUUUCGAAGAAUUCAUGAUUUAAAACGACAUGAAAAGUUGCAUACUGGAGAAAAACCUUAUUCGUGCUCCAAAUGUUUAAGAAGUUUUGCUAGGCCUGAUGCUUUGACAAGACAUCAAAAUUCACAAAAUGCAUGUACAGGAUCUGCUUCUGUAACAGCAAAUUCAAGGCUGGACCCACAGACAUUACAAACUUCAUCUAGCAACCAAAGUGAAAUCAUAACAAAUGGAAACACUAGUCCUGGUGGGAUUAAUGAAAAAUCUGUCGAUAGCAAUAUUGCCAAUGGAUCAUCGGUCCAUAUAAACAGUUCCUCAGGCCAUCGUGAAAUAAAUAACCAGCCCAGUCACAGCAAUAGUUUACCUGUUGAAAAUAACGAGCCAAUUUCACCUCAUCAACUUCAACAUCCUCAACAGCAUCCACGGAUUAGACAACUUAGUUUACCCCAAUUGCAAUCAAAAUCUCAGUUCCCAUUUACAAAUACUUAUUAUCAUCCUCCUCAUGUACCGCCACAAGCUCAGUCAUAUUCUCAAAUUAAUAGACAACCGAUGCAAACUCCUCCUAGUGCUGUCCCGCAAGGUGGUAAUACAUCUAUUCAAAAUCAGCCAAAUACCCAACCACUGUCUUUGCAAAAUCAACGGCCACCAGUUGUGUAUCCAACAAACACAUCUUUUUCACCAUCUCAAUUUUCAUCUUCCACGCAUAAUUUACCCUAUUAUUAUCCAUAUCCAGCGUAUAACCAUUAUCCUCCACCACCGCCACCAGCACCAUCCCAAUUGCUUCCUCCUUUUCAAUUUCAACAACAACAACAAUUAGGUCCUCAGUCAUUACCUGUGGUACCUCUUCCUCCGCAUACGGCGCCACCCUCACUUUCCUUAACAGCGAGUACCCAAUUGCAAACAUAUCACCAACACCAGAAUCCAAAUGACCCAUCGAAAAGACCUUUAAGAAAUUCAACUGGUGAUAUAUCGUCAGUCAGUAACUUACCUCAAACAGCUGUUAUCCACGAACUGAAAAGCGUUGCCAGUGAAAGUAAUCCUACCACAACUAAACAACAGUAUCCUCCUUCACAAAAUCAACCAUAUUCUUUUGGUGGUGGUGGUGGUGAUCCUGCUUAUCCUCCACCUCUACCUAUAACCAAUCCACCUCAUCAAUCAGCAAUUAUUACAACAUCUGGACUGUCUUCUACGUUACAUCCGCCAUUGAAUCAACAAAUAUUUUCCUCACAUCCAAGUAAUGAAAAUGUGAACCCACCUCACAACACUUUAUUACAUAGUGGCUCCACCAAUAGACAAAUGGAUACUAUGCCACUACAGGGAUCUGGAGGGAGGCCCGUACAAAUAGCACCAUCACUGGUCCCUCCUGGUCCUCGAUCUGCACCGUCUACAGCAAUAUCUAUUCCACUGCAUAAUGGGCCACAAUAUAUACCUUAUGAAAAUUAUCAAGAACUAUAUAAUUAUACUCAAUCAUUACAACAAAGUAUAAAUUAUUUGAGUGGUAAUUUACAAAAAUUGGAAGAUCGAAAGUCUGGUAGUGAUGAAAAACCAUUGUGA